UUAUUAUUGUUCUCUGGUCACACAUAGGAGCUCAUUACGGAUAUUUUCCAGACUAUUUUCGCAAAAUGCGCCAAUAAAAAACCGUUGUUCACAGGACAACGACUGUGGGGCAAUAAUUGCGUUGCUGACGCGCUGCAAGACCCAAAAACCAACACAAAGAAGUUGCACCACACACGGCACUCGCGGAGCGGAAGCCAAGCGAUUCGAUCGGGAAAUGAGCAGCCAGGGCCACCACAAGAUGCACGGCUGCGGCGUCGGGGGACUGGCCGGACUGCAGGGCGCCGCUUCGCAUGCGUCCGGGAAGGGCGGCAGCUCGGAGCAGGAGUUCACCGAUGAGAUCGAUCUGGGCGACCGGUUCUCGGCGGACAUGGCUCGACUCUGCAUGAACGAACGCUACUCGGACGUGGAGUUCUUGGUGGAGGGCCAGCGCCUGCCCGCCCACCGUGUUGUCCUGGCCGCCCGCAGCGAGUACUUCCGCGCCCUGCUCUACGGCGGCAUGUCGGAGACCACACAGCGCCAGAUCCCGCUGGAGGUGCCCCUGGACCCGUUCAAGGUGCUCCUCCGCUACAUAUACUCGGGCACCUUGCUCCUGUCGACGCUCGACGAGGACGCGGUCAUCGAUGUGCUAGGCAUGGCCAAUCAGUACGGUUUCCAGGACCUGGAGAUGGCCAUCUCGAAGUACCUGCGACAGUACUUGGCCCUCAACAACGUGUGCAUGAUCUUGGACGCUGCCCGGCUCUACAACCUGGAGGAGCUCACCCAAGUGUGCCUCAUGUUCAUGGACCGCAACGCCGCCGAGCUGCUGCAGCACGACUCCUUCAAAAUGCUCUCCAAGGAAUCCUUGGAAGAGGUGCUGCGCCGCGACUGCUUUUUCGCCCCAGAGGUGCAGAUCUUCCUGGCCGUGUGGAAGUGGAGUCGCUACAACCCGAACGUGGACAUCAGGUCGGUGGUGAGCUACGUGCGCCUGCCCCUCAUGAACCUCGAGCACCUACUGCAGGUGGUGCGACCCUCGGGGAUUCUGGAGCCCGACAAGAUACUGGACGCCAUUGACGAGCGAAGCACCUCGAAAACGCUGCCGUACAGAGCGGCGCUGUGGCCCGAGGAGAACGUGGCCACGGCCAAGUUUAUGUCGCGGUGCAUCCAGGGAGAAUGCCGCACUGCCCUGCUGGACGGCGACGUGACCACUUACGACAUGGAGCACGGGUAUACGCGGCACUGCAUCACGGAUGCCAACGACGCCGGUAUUGUGGUCGAACUGGGCACCCUCUGUAUGAUUAACCACAUCCGGAUGCUCCUGUGGGAUCGAGACAGCCGCGCCUACUCCUACUUUGUUGAGGUAUCCGGCGACCAGCAGAACUGGGAGCGGGUGGUGGACUACAGCGAGUUCCACUGUCGCUCCUGGCAGUAUCUCUACUUCUCUGCCAGACCAGUUCGCUUUAUCCGGCUCGUGGGCACCCAGAACACAGUUAACAGGGUGUUCCAUGUCGUGGGACUGGAGGCCAUGCACACGGCCAACGUUCCGAAGCUAAUCGACCACUUUGUGGCGCCGAAAGCCAACGUGGCCACCAUCGAGAUGAGUGCGAUCGUCACGGACGGUGUCAGCCGUACCCGGAACGCCCUCAUCAACGGAGACUUUGUGCGCUAUGACUGGGACUCGGGCUACACGUGCCACCAGUUGGGCAGCGGCGAGAUAGUCGUCCGACUGGGCCAGCCCUAUCACGUGGGCUCCAUGCGGCUGUUGCUGUGGGACUGCGAUGAUCGCACCUACAGCUUCUACAUCGAGACCUCGACGAACCGCAAGGACUGGCAGAUGGUGGUGGACCGGCGCAACGACAAGGCCCGCUCCUGGCAGAACUUUCACUUCGCCCCGCGACCCGUCGUCUUUAUCCGCAUCGUCGGCACCCACAACACUGCGAACGAGAUAUUCCACUGCGUCCACCUCGAGUGCCCCACCCAGGACAAAAGCUACCUAAAGAAAAUCGCCGACCAGGAGAAGGAGAAGGAGAAGGAUAAGCCACGCGAUAAGCCUACCGACAGAAAUGCUACCUCCAGCCCAUCCAGCUCCUCGUCGGCAGUGUUGAAGUCCACCCACUGGCCCCCACCGGCGCCGGUGCCUUCCAAAGUGGAACAGCCCAAAGAGAAAUCAUCGUGCGAAGCCGCCUCCAAAGCUACUCCCGUCUUGCCAACAACCUCUGCAGCCUCACCCCGAACGGCUUCCGCCUCGCAAAAGCUCCCCGCCCCUCUAACUCCCGCAGCUUCCACUCCACCGCCCCAACAGCAACAGCAGCAGCCGCUGGAUCCGACAGAGCCCAGUGAGAGCCAGAGCCAGAGCCCCAGCUCAAGCUCCAGUCCCAGCCAAAGCCAGAGCAGGAGUCGAAGCAGAAGCCAAAGCGCAGAGCCGGAUCCAGUGCCGCCGCUGGUGGAACUGGACACGAAGGAGGCGCGCUGAGGGCCGCCGAUGAUGCUAUUUUGUACUUGAUCCUUUUGAAAUACUCCCGUUAGUAGUCCCCCAGAGGAGGAGAGCAGAAGCAGAAGCAGAAGCAGAGCGUCCUCUUUGGUUAUCCUUAUUUGUAGUUUGUGCUGUGCGACCGUGCUGUACUUGUUAUCUAGUCCUUCCCGGUGCCCAGGUUCACGGGCUCCGCUCCGAUACAUUCGAAUCGCCACUGGCAUUUGUGGUUUAAUUUUGUCCUUAUGAUUUGUAUGUUUGGUUUCCAAAAACAAAGUUGUGAUGAGUGGCGAUUCAAAAAACGCAAAAGCGAAAAAAGCAAAAAAAGAAAUUCCUUUGUUGGCACGGCCCCAGUGUUGAGUUUAUGUAAGCAAUACCACCACCUACUUAAUGCACCUUUUAUGACUUUCGAGCAGAUAAAGCAAAAUUGUAUACGAGGUUCGACGAGGAUCACCUUCACCAUCACCCCGCCCGUCCCAUCGAGCUCUGUCCACGUCCGAAUAACCCAAAUUAUCCAGUCGAUCCGCCACUUAUAUAGUCUAGGCCCAGCAGAAAGGCUCUAUUUAUUAUACAAGUUUUGUCAGAAUUUGUACUGCACUCGAAUAAAAGCUAAUUAAACAUUUUGCCUACAUAGCAAA